UGAAUCUAUGAAUCCGCUCGGAUUUGCUCCCAACAUCUGGGAACAACACAGCUUUCCCCCUUCACGUCCUCAUCUACACCAAGAUAUGGACCCGUCCAGCGCAGAAGUUUGGACUCAACAUGCCCAGGAACUAUGAGCCUGGUCACUCAGUAGGGAUGUUGGCUGCCGUGGAACAUGGUCCCAUCCUCUGCAGCGACUCCAACAUCCUGUGCCUCUCGUGGAAAGGCCGAGUCCCCAAGAGCGAGAAGGACAAGCCCGUGUGCCGGCGCCGCUACUACGAGGAGGGCUGGCUCGCCACGGGCAACGGGAGAGGAGUCGUGGGUGUGACGUUUACGUCCAGUCACUGUCGGAGGGACCGGAACACCCCCCAGAGAAUCAACUUCAACCUGCGAGGACACAACAGCGAGGUGGUGCUGGUGCGUUGGAAUGAACCCUUCCAGAAGCUGGCCACGUGUGACAUGGAGGGAGGGAUUUUCGUGUGGAUCCAGUAUGAAGGAAGAUGGUCUGUGGAGCUGGUUAACGACCGCGGAGCCCAGGUGAGCGACUUCACCUGGUCGCACGACGGCACGCAGGCCCUCAUUGCCUACAGGGAUGGCUUCGUCUUAGUCGGGUCGGUUAGCGGACAAAGACACUGGUCCUCUGAGAUCAACCUGGAGAGUCAAAUCACCUGCGGCAUCUGGACGCCUGACGACCAGCAGGUGUUGUUUGGAACUGCAGAUGGUCAGGUGAUAGUGAUGGAUUGCCACGGGAGAAUGCUCGCCCAUGUUUUGUUGCACGAGUCUGACGGGAUUGUGAGCAUGUCGUGGAACUGCCCCAGUUUCCUGGUGGAGGACAGUACAGAGAGCGACACUGACUCGGACGACAAUAUCCUUCCUUUAGGUGUAUACCCGGCAUGCUUAUAUGUUAUGUUUUUAUAUUCUUUCCAAGUGCGAAGGGUCAAGCCUUUGUUGACCGUCAGCUUUUUAUCUGGAGAUAUCAGUUUAAUGAACAACUACGAUGACCUUUCCCCUCACAUCAUCCACUCAGGACUGAAAGAUGUGGAGGUCCAGUGGUGUUCUCAGGGAGACCUCUUGGCAGUCGCUGGCAUGGAGAGACUCGGACUUCCUGCUGAUUCUGCCUGUGCGUCCGCUAUGAGAAACGCCCUGGUUAAGUUUUACAACGUCCAAGGAGAACACAUCUACACUUUAGAGACGCCUGCCCAGCGACCCAUCACCACCAUCUGUUGGGGUCACAGAGACUCACGUCUGUUCCUGGCGUGUGGCCCAGCGCUCUAUGUGGUGCGAGUUGAACACCGGGUGGCGAGCCUGCAGCUGCUGUGCCAGCAGGGCAUCGCCAGCGCCCUGCGGGAGGAAAGAGACGUGGGGAAGCUCAACAUGCCCUCCCUGCUCUGUUCCUACGUCACCACGGCCUUCAUACCCACCAUCAAGCCUCCAAUUCCAGACCCCAACAACAUCCGUGACUUUGUCAGUUACCCUACGGCAGGAAACGAGAGGCUCCACUGCACCAUGAAGCGUGCAGAAGACAACCCCGAGGCAGGGGGGCCCUGCUACACUCUCUACCUGGAGCACCUGGGGGGUCUCGUACCCAUCCUGAAGGGACGGCGCAUCAGCAAACUACGGCCAGAGUUCAUCAUCAUGGACCCAAAAACAGACAGCAAAGCCGAGGAAGUGUGUGUGAAUCCGAUGGUCUCCUACACAGACAGCUGUAACUGUUCGGACUCCAGUGACAUUGAGCUGAGUGACGAGUGGGUCGGCAAAAAGUCUCCCAAAUUAUCAAGAGGAAACCGAUCACCCAAACUCUCCAGAAUGAACAUGGAAUCGAGGAAGUCUCCCAAAGUGUCGCGGGCUAACCCAGAAGGCUCUCGCUCUCCCCGUUUGCCCAUGAAGAAGCCUCCAGCCCGCUCCCCCAGCCUGACCCGCCGCGAGUUCUCCAUGGAUGGAAUCACUGAGCAUAAUUACCUGGCUCAGGUAACAUCCAACAUCUGGGGAACAAAGUUCAAAAUUGUUGGGCUCGCAUCUUUCCUGCCAGCAAAUCUCGGUGCAGUCAUCUACAAGACCAGUUUGCUUCAUCUGCAACCAAGGCAGAUGACUAUCUACCUUCCAGAGGUGCGAAAGAUUUCACUCGAUUUCAUGAGCCUGCCUGUUUUCAACCCCAGUGUCUUCAGCGAGGAUGAGGAUGACCUGCCAGUGAUGGGUCCAUCAGGAGUUGGUGGAGACAAUCCUCCCUGCACAGUCAAUAUCCCCAUCGCUCCCAUCCACAGCCCGGCUCAGGCCAUGUCUCCUACACAGAGCAUUGGCUUGGUCCAGUCCCUGUUAGCCAAUCAGAAUAUCCAGCUCGAUGUCCUGACCAAUCCCACAGCCACAGCGGCAGCAGCUGCAGUGGCAUCUGCAGCUACCGUCCCGGUUGCAGAAAGAAGCCAGGAUCCAGUGGCAGCACCAUACCCAGUUCCUGCAAGAUACUCUAACCCAGGACAGGUGAUCUUCAAUGGCCUGGAGAUGAGUCCUCUCCUUCCUGGUACCCUACCUCCUCCUCCACCGCCACCCCACCAUCUCCCACCCCAUCCUCACCCACAGCGCUCUCACUCACAGCCGCUGCAUCAACAGCCAUUAAAGCAACUGCAGCAGUUACACGCCCAGCAACACCAACAAAUGCAUCAAAACCAGCAGCAGAUACUGAAUCCACAGCAGCAGCUCCAAGAGAUGAGGCAGCAGCAGCAGGAGCUCCGCCAGCAGCAGCAGCAGAUCCAGAGACAGCAGGAGCAAAUCCAGAGGCAGCGCCAGCAGAUGCAACAGCAGCUGAAGAUGCAGAUGUCCCUGCCCCCUCCUCCAUCCGGCUACCCGACCAUCUCCUUGCAACAGCUCCACCUCCUGCCUCAGAUCCCACCCCCAGCUGCCACGGUGGAAACCAGGCUGGAGAGGGUGGAGCAUGGGUACACUCUGAAGCCGAGUCUGCCCCGAACUUUGCCUCCAUCAUUUGUGGAUAGUGAAGGGUCUGUGGAGAUUCAGAUGAGGAAGGUGAACCCUCCUCCUCCAUACCCUGGUACUGCAGUGUCCGCAACUGGAACGGGGGCCUCAGCUUCUGCCAUCCCUCAAACCCUCAUCACCAACUGUGACAGCCCCAGCAUCCUGGCACCAGAGCCCUGCCUGAAGAAGGAGGAAUUCCUGCUCCACCCGGUUACUUUACAGUACCAGACACCUUUGGGAUAUGAGAGGAUCACCACCUUUGACAGCAGCGGUAAUGUGGAGGAGGUUUGUCGGCCGCGUCGACGUCUCAUUCGUAACCAAAACACCUACACCAUUCAAGGCAUCAGUGGUUCUGCAACCCUUAAAGUAACCUCGUCUGAGAGUAAGAAGAUACAGCUUCCUUACAGCUCUGCAACUUUAAGCCGUCUGUCUGUCCCCCGGUAUACUAUACCCAGUGGAGACCCUCCCCCUUACCCGGAUCCGGCCAAUCAGGUCACUGCAACACUUCCCCCUCCUCAGAGAAUUGACAACAGUCUGAUUCAUGCCACCCUGAGACGAGAGCGCAGGGAUAUAGGCCUUAAAGUACCACAGAUGAUUGAGAGUUCAAGAACCUUGCCCACCAAAUCGAAGAUGAACAGUGCGCUGGCACUCUCCUACCAGCAGAGGGUCCCCACUGCACUGUACACAUGCACCCAGUGCAGCAGUAACAGCAGUAGCACCAGGAAAGGUGCGCAUCACAGCACCAUCAUCGUGCACUCCAAAAGUGCCUCAGCGCUGGCCUCCCAGUCCUCUUACAACUUGCUGAGCCCUCCAGACAACAGCAGGGACAGGACUGUGUAUGUCAACUCUGCCUUUACUGAAGACGAGACUUUGAACCAGCAGUGUCACCUCGAAAAAUCUGUACAUCACCUGACUCUCGGAGAUGUUGGGUUGACUGUCAAACGCCCACCACCUUACCAAUGGGACACCUCACCCUCUGAGGAGUUCUGGCUCUCCCCAGAGCAAACCAUGUUAUCUCCUCCGCCAGGAGCACACAAACCCCCACCCAUGAUCUUCAGUCAGUCUCAGCACUUAGACAUGACCCGGCUGCCUUUUGUGCUCACAACCAAACCUCCCAACAGUCCUAGUACAAGUACACUUACUUUCCCAUCAGGUUACCAGAUAGCACUCUCGCCUUUUCCUCCAGGUGUGGGCCACAGUGGACCCCCUUUACAGACCCUGCAGAACCCUUCACCACCUCAGUGCACUCCAAACGAGAUGGUUGCUCCAGUGUCGUUUCCCCAGCAGGAACCAGCAUUGGUCUUACCACCAGGAUACCCACCCAACCUCACUAGCUUGGCCUGCUGCCCCCUUCCCCCAAUGUACCCUGGGACAAGCGCAUGUGCUGGGCUUCAGCUACACCCCAUAAACCUACACCCCUGGAACCCCUACCCCUGCCCACCUCCCAUGCAAGACCCGCCAUCGCAUCCAGCGCCCCCCCUGCCUGCCAAAACCCAUCAGAUGAUAGAGAAGCCGAUCCUUUCCCCUCCCCCCCCGACAGCACCACCUCCCCCACCCCCCCUCCCGCCCCUUCCUCCUCCUCCCACAGAGCCGCCACCAUCCAGAAGUGUUACAGAGGAUCCAGCAGAAUCCGCCAAUAAUUUCCCAGAGCCGUCAUCGUUGAAUGAAAGUCCUGUCCCACAGGAGCCAGAUCGCUUCAACAAGAAGAGCCGCAAACGUCUUGACAGCCGAGCAGAGGAGGCCAACAUGCCUGCGGUGUCCGAGGGCAAGUCCAGAAAGGAAGGGCGCGCACUUUCCGACUUCAACACACUCAUCUCCAGCCCCAGACUCAGCGGCAGAGAGAAAAAGAAGCCCAAAAGCCAACGAGAGCAGCUCAACAAAACCAAGAAGAUGAGCCGGACCGCAAAUGAGUUCCAGGACAGCUCUGAGAGCGAGCCUGAGCUGUUCAUCAGUGGUGAUGAGCUCAUGAACCAAAACCAGAGCAGUAAAAAGAGCUGGAAGAACAAACGCAGCUUGCGGAUGGCAAGCGAGCUGGAGGAGAUAAAGUGCCGAAAGGCAAGUGAGAGAGAGGACCGUAGUUUGGGAAGCCAGGGCUUUGUUUACGUCAUGGCCAAUAAGCAGCCAUUAUGGAAUGAAGCAACACAGGUCUACCAGCUGGACUUUGGAGGGCGAGUUACUCAGGAGUCCGCCAAGAACUUUCAGAUUGAGCUGGAUGGCAGACAGGUGAUGCAGUUUGGGCGUAUAGAUGGGAAUGCCUACAUCCUGGAUUUCCAGUAUCCUUUCUCGGCUGUGCAGGCGUUUGCUGUUGCCUUAGCCAACGUGACUCAAAGGCUGAAGUGA